GAGAACCUCCACAGCUGAGCCACCACCUCCCGCCCAGGCCGAGUGAAGAUGCUCAACUUGGAUUGGCGGAGAAGGGUCAGGAGCUACCGGCCCUUGGGCUCAGGCCCAGGCCCAGGCCACUGGGGACAGUCGCAUUUAGUCCACCUGGUGUAUCAGCGCCCGCCCGGCCCGCUCCGGCCAUGGAUGCCUCUGGCUCCUGGAUUCUGACCCGGGUCACCGCGAUAGGACUGGCCGUGGUGGCGCUGGGGACCGUGGCCUGGCGUAUCAUGCGUCCCCGGCCGCGCCAGCGGCUGCAGCAGGUGGGGACGGUGUCCCAGCUCUGGAUCUACCCGAUCAAGUCCUGCAAGGGGGUGUCGGUGUGCGAGGCCGAGUGCACGGCCAUGGGACUGCGCUGUGGCCACCUGCGUGACAGGUUCUGGCUUGUGGUCAAUGAAGACGGGAACAUGGUCACUGCCCGACAGGAACCUCGCUUGGUCCUGAUUUCCCUGACCUGCGACAAUGACACCCUGACUCUCAGUGCAGCCUACACAAAGGACCUGCUGCUGCCCAUCACACCCCCCACCACAAACCCACUACUUCAGUGCAGAGUACAUGGUCUGGAGGUGCAGGGCAGGGAUUGUGGAGAGGCGGCUGCUCAGUGGAUCACCAGCUUCCUGAAGACACAGCCCGUGAGCCUGGUGCACUUCGAGCCCCACAUGAGCCCCAGAAGUUCUCACCAGAUAAGGGCUCAGUUCCGGCCCAAGGACCAGGUGGCCUACUCAGAUGCAAGCCCAUUCUUGGUCCUUUCUGAGGCAUCCUUGGAAGAUCUCAACUCCAGGAUGGAGAAGAUGGUGAAAGCGACUAACUUCAGGCCCAACAUUGUCAUUUCAGGAUGUGGCGUUUACGCAGAGGAUUCUUGGAAUGAGCUCCUCAUUGGGGAUGUGGAACUCAAACGGGUGAUGGCUUGCACCAGGUGCCUUUUGACAACGGUGGAUCCGGACACAGGAGUCAUGGACAGGAAGGAGCCUCUGGAAACACUGAAGAGUUACCGCCUGUGUGACCCUUCGCAACAGUCGAUAUAUGGAAAGCUACCCCUCUUUGGACAGUAUUUUGCUCUGGAAAAUCCAGGCACAGUCAGAGUGGGAGACCCUGUGUACCUUCUGAGCCAGUGAUGGGAACUCCAUGUUCUGGGACAGCAGAUGUCUCUCAGAAACAUCUUCGAAACUGACAUCACUUGAAAUGAUUCUUCAGCCUUUUCUUUGAGUCUAUGAUUUCCAAGUUUUCCUCUUUCAGAUCUUCUGUCUCAGUGUUUCCUGGGUCCAGCACACAAAGCAGAGAAAUCCAGUCUUGCAAAUUUAGCAGGACUCCAUCGAGUUUCUUGAAGAAUGAAGGGAUUAUCAAAAUGCUCUGUUUAUAAUUAUGGAGUAAUUUUUCUACUUCUGCAUUCUCUCGCCAAGGCAGCAGAUGUCCAUCAUCUCCCUACCCUUCUUUGGGGAGAGGAAAGAAGACAGGAGGAAGGCUGUAUAAGCCAGAAGAAUGUCCCAGAAUGUUUUGCUACCCCUGGACAUCAUGCAUACAAUGAAAAUUAAAUACUUUCCCAAGUAA